AUGCCUGCAGCCUGUCAGCUUGUCCGGCCAGAACUAGCUGAAGUGGUGCUACGUGUGGUGCUACGUGGACAGCUGAAUGACCCUAGCCUCAACCUUGCUGGAGCGCCCUCCCCCCCUAACAAUUGCCUUCACGCCUCCUCCUACGCGCUGGUCUCUGUCGACAUCGCCAACCCCAACACUAUCACCCUCGACACGGCUCCGCCCUAUGGCGACAUCGGCUUCCUCCCUCAGAGCGUGAACUGUUCCCUGCGCUGGGUGUAUGCUAUCGGCCAGCCAGAGACGACAUACACUUUCGAAAGUCUCUCCGCCAGGGACGAUAGUGACAGCGAUAGUGACGACGACGGAGACUGGUGUGAUGAUGACCCCGAUCCGGAGCCGGAACCUACCACCACGAGGGGGAGGUGGUGGCGGACGAGCACAAGCACGGUUUCAGCUGUGCCUACUACCAGGAUCACAGUUACGACGACGAGCACGGCUGCGCCUACAUCCACAUCGACACCUCAACCUCCCCCCAGCCAAGGAAACCCUACUCGCCUCGGGCCCCCCAAUGGCGGACCCCUCGCCUGUGAAGACAUCUCCCCGUUCGGGUCAGCCGGCAUCUGGAGCGUGACGUGGCUCCCCGACCCCUCAACCCCCGAAACCUCCAGUCUAAGACGGUUCGGGCUCAAGAUCGCGUUGACCGAAGCAGUGGUCCUGCGCAACGGCGCAAUCGAGGAGCUGAAGUGGGAGGCGGAGGAGUGGUUUUCGACAGAUACCAACUUGUUGAGCCAGUGCUCGAGUAGUGGAGUAUGUAGAUGGGCGUUGCGGGAUAAUGUCGUGCCGCUGGCGGUGCGGCAGGCGCUUGUCGGGAGGAGAUGUGUGGUGGGGAAUUGUGAGGGUGCUUACUUGUGA